AUGCAGCGCUUUUCUCAACCUCUGAGGACUGUUGUGAAGACGUCAAAAAGAAACUCUUCAGGUGGCUUUUAUGGAAGCAACAAUGUUGAAGGAUUCAAAGAAUCUCUGACUACCACUUUGAGACAUGCCGAAAGUGAGUUUCCUUCCGAGACUAAGAAACGUAUAGCCAUUCUUACUAUCCGGGUAAAUCCAUCAGUUUUGUCUGAUUAAAGUGGAAAAUUCAAUUAUUAGAGGGGUGAAAGCGGGCCUUUUCAGUAAUAUAGAGAAUGGGAGUAGGAUCGCGAGUUAUCUCUUUUUUUUUUGUUCUUUGUCAUUUUGGAAACUAAAAUGCGCUUCUUCUAGAAACUGGAUAUCUUCUUACUGCUUUCAAGGAUUAUUUUGAAGAGGCUUUUUUUCUCAAAGUACCUGUUAUUUUUUUUUCUCACGAGAGACAAAUUGCCUUGCCUUUUAGCCACGAAGGAAACUUGGAGAAAGAUUUUCUAUUUGGCAUCGAUUCCCUGCAUGGCUCUGACGAUGUAUGCGGCUUAUAGUGACCACAAGAAACACAUGUUAGUUCAUUUUUUUUUGCUUGUUUCUAUCUUUUUUUCUUCAUUCUAUGAGGAAUCAAUUUUUUUAUUACUCUCAUUAAUGUCGUGUUCAAAGUAGUUUCGGCGAUUUUUAAAAACCAAUAACGCGUCGAUUUUGAAAUCGCCGAAAUUAAUUGGAACACGGCAUAAAAGCAGUUAAAAAAAAAAUUUCAGCGUCGUUAUCUAGCAUGACUUGAAAAUUUCUGUAACAUUUUAAAUUUCAUUGAUGGAAUAAAAAAGUUAGUUCAUAUCCAAAUUCUCAGUUUGGAACCGAAUAAGACGAUUUCCCAAGUCUAGUCACUUUUCUGCUGAGUUUUUCAACUAUAUGUAGUUUGUAGUAGAUUUGAUUAACAUAACGAGCGAAAUAAACUUCGUCACUCAGGUUUAAGGUAUCUGUAAUUUUUUUUUUCUGAAAUGGGCAAAGUGAGAUUUUUCAAAAAAAAAAAAUUUUUUUUGUAUGGAAAUUUUUUUACUGUCAUAUAAUUGUAAGAGAGAAGUUCUCCUAUCUUCUUUUAAACUUUGAAAAAUUUAUUACAUUUGCCACUUAACCUUUUUUUCCUAGGUCUCAUGCUCGUCCAGAAUACGUCGAUUAUCCUUUCCUCAACGUACGCAACAAGGUUUGUUCAUUAUUCGAUUUUAGUUUUUGCUUUCUCUAUACUUUUUUUUAGGAAAAAAAAAACAGUUCUUAAUGUCGUUAAUCGCUCACAGUUUAACUAUACCAAAAAGCAAAGAAUCAAGAUAUUCAAAAAGCAAUUAAAAGAAGCGAUGCUAUAAAUUCCUGCAUGAUGAAAAGGAAGUUAAAUUUUCAUUUAAGAAACUUAAUAACGUUUUAACAAUUAAAAAAAGAAGUUAUUAAAUCGAAUUUUUUAUUUUUGAAUAAUAAUAAUAUUUUUCCUAUUGUAAAUGUAUCUCUAGUAAUAUAAAUCUCAGCCUUUCCCUUGGGGAGACGGCAACCACUCGCUGUUCCACAACAAGGCCGAGCAGUACGUUCCCGGAGUUGGUUUUGAGGCCGAACGCGACACUCAUCAUUAA